GAAAGUUUUACCCUGGAAACCGCAUUCGCAUUCGAAGAUCAAAGAAGCCCUGUGCCAGGUAGUGACAGGAAGCAAGAAGGUCACAAAGGACAGAAGAACAUUCCAUGUUCUGCACCGCUGGCAACUUCUCUGGACAUAUGAGGGAGCUGGACGAGUACUCACUCACUGACAUCCACUGGUACUGACAAUCCGUCUGCACAAUGGAGAGGAGCCUGAAGAACGUUCUGGUGGUCUCUUGUGGAUUCCUCCUACUCUUCACUGCCUACGGGGGCCUGCAGAAUCUGCAGAGCAGCCUCUACAGUGAGCAAGGCCUGGGGGUGGCGACACUCAGCACACUCUAUGCCUCUGUGCUGCUGUCCUCCAUGUUCCUCCCACCUAUCCUCAUCAAGAAGUGUGGCUGCAAGUGGACCAUUGUGGGCUCCAUGUGCUGUUAUGUGGUCUUCUCCCUGGGCAACUUCCAUGCCAACUGGUACACCCUGAUCCCUACCUCCAUCUUGCUGGGCCUGGGUGCGGCCCCUCUGUGGUCGGCCCAGGGUACCUACCUCACCACCAUGGGAAAUCUGCAAGCGGAAAAGGUGGGGAAGCUUGGCAAGGAUGUGGUGAACCAGUAUUUUGGCAUCUUUUUCCUUGUAUUCCAAUCUUCUGGAGUGUGGGGCAACCUGAUUUCCUCACUGGUGUUCGGCAAGAUGUCCACGCAAGAGGCCAUCCCAGAGGAACAGCUCAUGUCCUGUGGAGCCAAAGACUGCCUGAUGGGUCCAGCGGCCACCAACAGCACUCAUCAACCCUCACAGUCACUGAUCUACACACUGCUGGGCAUCUACACCGGCUGUGGUGUCCUGGCCAUCCUGCUGGUAGCUGUGUUUCUUGAGUCCUUGGAAGACAAGCUGGAGAAUGAAGGAGAGCAGAGGUCCAGAUCACCACCUCUCUGGUCCACAAUACUGUCAACCUUCAUGCUGUUCAGAGACAAGCGUUUGUGUCUCCUGAUGUUCCUGCCACUGUACAGUGGGUUCCAACAAGAGUUCCUCUCUGGAGAGUACACAAAGUCUUAUGUGACCUGUGCCCUGGGCAUCCACUUUGUGGGCUACGUGAUGAUCUGCUUCUCAGCCAUGACUGCACUGUGCUCCCUGCUGUACGGGAAGAUCUCCAAGUACACGGGCCGGGCCGCACUCUAUGCACUGGGGGCGGCCAUUCACUUCUCUUGCAUUGUGGUCUUCUUGCUGUGGCACCCAAACCCCGCCCAACUGCCUGUCUUCUUCGUCCUCUCUGGCCUGUGGGGAAUGUCUGAUGCUGUCUGGCAGACACAGAACAAUGCUCUUUUCGGUGUCCUGUUUGAAGAGAACAAGGAACCUGCUUUUGCCAACUACCGCCUUGGGGAGGCCAUAGGGUUUGUCAUUGCCUUUGGCUACAGCUCAUUUCUGUGUGUGAGUACCAAGCUCUACAUCCUCUUGGGUGUCUUGAGUCUGGCCACGAUCGGUUACGGGAUUGUGGAGUACCUGGAAGCCAAGGCUGCUCCCAAGGUCCUUGGUGCAGAAAAGAAAAACCAGGCAGAAGAGGAAGAAAUGAAAACAAAAAUGUGAGUGUGGACACGUGAUGGCUGAGAACCCAGCCCGGAUCAGCAGAAGGCAGAGGCGUUCCACGUAGCCGCAGCUCACAGGAGAUAGACUUGACCCUUCACACUGUUUCAGCAAUAUGUAGACAUUCUAAAGAUCAUCUAUAGUUUUUUUUUUUUUAAUGUAUUUUCCUCAACUUAAAU